AUGACGACAGCUGUGUUUAUGUCCACCUGUCUCAACCUGUUUCUGUCUGUAUCCACCUGUGUCUAUCUGUGUCCACCUUCUCUCGCCUGUGACUCCGGCGUCUAUCUGUAUCCACCUCCACUCGCCUGUGACUCCGGCGUCUAUCUGUGUCCACCUCCACUCGCCUGUUACUCCCGUUCGUACCUGUGUCCUCCAGUGUCCUCCUGUGCCCACCUGUUUCUGUCUGUGUGCACCUGUGUCUAUCUGUGUCCGACUCCAAUCAGAUGUUACUCCUGUGUGUUCCUGUGUUCUCCAGUGUCCUCCUGUGCCCACCUGUUUCUGUCUGUGUGCACCUGUGUCUAUCUGUGUCCGACUCCAAUCAGAUGUUACUCCUGUGUGUUCCUGUGUUCUCCAGUGUCCUCCUGUGCCCACCUGUUUCUCUCUGUGUGCACCUGUGUCUAUCUGUGUCCGACUCCAAUCAGAUGUUACUCCUGUGUGUGCCUGUGUCCUCCAGUGUCCUCCUGUGCCCACCUGUUUCUGUCUGUGUGCACCUGUGUCUAUCUGUGUCCGACUCCAAUCAGAUGUUACUCCUGUGUGUUCCUGUGUUCCCCAGUGUCCUCCUGUGCCCACCUGUUUCUGUCUGUGUGCACCUGUGUCUAUCUGUGUCCGACUCCAAUCAGAUGUUACUCCUGUGUGUGCCUUUGUCCUCCAGUCUCCUCCUGUGCCCACCUGUUUCUGUCUGUGUGCACCUGCGUCUAUCUGUGUCCACCUCCACUCGCCUGUUACGCCUGGGUGUGCCUGUGUCCUCCAGUGUCCUCCUGUGUCCACCUGCAUCCACCUGUUUCUGUCUGUGUACACCUGUGA